AUGAUCGCGCGUCGCGUAAUCCGGCUGACUGAAGAAAAGAAAAGAAAAGGAAAGGAAAAGAAAAAGAAAAAGAAAAAGAAAAGAAUAAUCGAUUUAGGCCGACCAACCCUUGAAGCAUACUUCACUGAAAUAAACCUGGCCAUAGAGUGCUCUCUGAAAGCUGCUAGAGACCUCCCACACUGGGCUUCCAAACACAACAUUGAUGUUGAGGAAGACCUAUUCCGCAUACCAUGGAACUUCCCAUUCUUCCUCGCAAUGAUGCCCAUCAUCGGCGUGCUCGCUGCAGGGUGCUGUUGGGUCCUUAAACCAUCCGAGCUAGCACCAAGUUGCUCGAAGCUCCUAGGGGACCUCGUACCACAAUACCUGGAUCAGAGAGCAUGUAGGGUCACCCAGGGAGGUGUGGAGGAGACUACAGCACUCUUAGACCUCAAAUGGGACCACAUCUUCUAUACAGGAUCCACCAGAAUCACAUGCCACAUAGCACAAAAAGCCACUGCACACCUGACAUGGACAACCCUUGAACUAGGUGGGAAAUGUCCCAUACUCCUAGACCCCUCCACGGACUUGGACCUGGCAGCGAAAAGGAUCUUAUUUGGGAAAAGCCACAACUUCAGGCAGACUUAUGUAUCCCCAGACUACCUCCUCAUACCCACCCAAAAUGACCCCUCCAUCCUCACAUGCAUAAUCGAAUCCUUCCACCAUGCAUAUACCUCAUUCUUCCCCUCUGACUCACACCGACUCACACUCUCCCGAAUAUCCUCCUCCACCCACUUCACCCACCUCACCACACUGCUAUCCAACAUGAAAGGUUGUGUCAUCCUAGGUGGGCACACCGACACCACGACUCUCCAGAUGGACUUAACCAUGGUGACGGGUGUGCAGGAAGAUGACCCACUGAUGAGCGAAGAGAUCUUCGGGCCAAUAUUACCCAUCCUCAAAGUUCGCAAUUGGGAGGAAGCCAUUCAGAUAGUGGGCAGGGUAUCAGGAACACCAUUGGUGGUGUACAUGUUUUCAGAGGAUGGGGGUAUCAAAGAGAUGGUGAGGAAAUGCAUGAGGAGUGGCAGCCUCAUGUGUAAUUGCACAUUCUUGCAGAUGGCUGUGUAUGAAUUACCAUAUGGUGGCAUCGGUGAAUCUGGCUCUGGAUGCAGCAACAAAGCAUGCAUGGAAGAAUUCUCCAACAUCCAUUCCCAAAUUGACGUUCCCACCUCCAAGUUGUGA